AUGGAGGAUGCUGGAGUUUGCAAUUUCCUAAAGGACCCAUUAUCGAUCAACGAUUUAAUUACCAGCGGCACAAAUUUUGAGAUAAACACAAAUUUCGACGAAGGCUUCACCAACGAUAUCUAUGACGAACUAAAUUUAGGAUCCGACGAUGAGCAAGAAGACGAUUCUAAAAGUGGCAUUGAUCAGUCGUUGUUGGUUUCACCAUGGACAAAACCAUUUGAGGAGUUGAAGAAGCACAUGCUACAAUUAAAUGAGAACAUUUGGAAAAAAAUUACCAAGGCUGGAGAUAAAAAUGAGGGCGUUGUGCCCCCCAUCAAUGCUAGAGCGUGUAUUCGUUAUAACGCCUACUGGGAAGGUGAAGGUACGCCAUUUGACUCGACGUUUUUAAGAGGCUCCUCCUACAGCUUUUACACGGGACGCAACGAAGUCCUUCAAGGUUUAGAAGAUGCAGUCUGUACUAUGCACAAGGGAGAAAGCGCACAGUUUCUUAUUUCAUACCAUUUGUUAUUUCGCGAAAUGGGAUGUCCACCACGGGUAAAGCCAAAGGCCGACGGCUUGUUUAUUAUUGAACUGGUUGGCUACAAUUUGAUUGGAGACAUUGACGCCGAACAGCAAAUACCCGAAGAAGAUCGCGACAAAUAUUCAGUGGUAAUCGAUAAAGUCAAGGAAAUCCAUUUAAAAGGAUUGGACUUUUUCUCCCAAGGAAUGUAUCGCAAUGCAUGUCGGGCAUUCGAAAAGGCACUCGACCUUCUAAAAUUCAGUCGCUUAUCCAACGAAGACGAGGAAAAAGAGCAAUCUGCAUUUCUUCUCAAGCUCUAUACUAAUUUGGCUGUAUGCUACAUAAAAGUAAAUGCUCCUUCAAAAACCUGCAUAAUGUGUAAAGAAAUCAGGCACUUGACAAACAAUAAGCCUUCGUGUAAAGCUCUUUUCCAAGAAGGCAGAGCCCUCCAUAUGUUGGGUGAAUAUGAAAAGGCUCGAAGUCUACUGAUUAAAGCUCAACAUAUGGAGCCACAUAAUUUAGAUAUUAGCGCAGAGUUAAAACUACUAGAGGAACGGUACAAAUCCUACAAGGAGAGCGAGAAAAAAUUGUGGACAAAGGCUAUGGGUCUGAUCAAAGACGCAGAGGGCGACGCAGCAAAAAAUAACACCAGUGACAUCGAUGAACUCGAAAAAGAAAUGUUAAAUCUCAUGACAAACUUUAAAGACGACAAGAAUCAAAAAAAUUUGAAAUUGCCAUCGGGACUAACAACCAAGGAAAUCGAAACACUCGAUAAUUUAGCCAAGCGUUUGGAUCUGAAGCUUACGCUAAAUACACUGGAUACUACCCAAUACAUAAUCAUAAAGAAGACGUGA